AUGGGGAAUCUCUACUCCUAUCUAAAUGCAGGUUCUUCGCGCUUGGGCAUUCCACGGUCAGCAUCUGUUGCCUCUCUCUACUGCAACGGUCGCUGGCUCCUACCAUCUGCGCAUACGGACGCUCAAGUCUCUCUACAAAUACACUUGACGACCAUUACACUGUCACAGAGCAAUGACUAUUAUGAGUGGGUAAUGGAAGGUAGAGCAAGAAGCAAGUAUAAUAUGGGUGAGGUUUAUACCUAUCUCAAGGGCGAGCAACCGCUGGUACCUUGGGCGAAGGUGGUCUGGAACUCCUAUGGUAUACCACGUCAUAGCUUCCAUACAUGGCUUGUGUUACUUGAUCGCUGUCCAACGCGAGAUAGAAUGAUUAGAUGGGGAAUCGCUGUUGAUCCGACCUGCUUACUUUGUAAUGGUCAUCCUGAGAGUAGGAAUCACCUAUACUUCGAAUGCUCCUACACUUUUUCGAUAUGGGAAGUAAUCGCAAGGAGAUGUCAAGUGCAGGCUCUAGUUGGUUGGGAGAGUACACUACAGCAACUACAAUCACUAAGGAGUAAUAAGGACCUCAACCGCCUUACCCUCCUCGCAGUUCAAGCUACCAUCUAUUGGAUUUGGAACGAGCGUAAUGCAAGACUCCACCGCCAGACCUACAAGUCAUCGGACACUCUCAUAUCCACCAUUGACAAGCAAAUCCGGAACAAGCUACUAAGCUUUAGGCAAACGAAUCCUCGCGCUUCCUCGGCAAUGAUGCAGCUGUGGUUCCUCACAACAUAA